AUUAAGCCCAUAUUUCUGGUACGGGUCAUAUUGUUCUCGAAAGAAAUCCGAUUGAGCCGUCUCGAAAUUUCAAGACUUUGGUCUGUGCGAGAAAAUUCAAUCGCAAGGAUGAUCAGCAUCCUCACUCAGGAGCGUGUUCUCGGUGCUGCUUUAGGUACCGUAUUGGCAAGCGUGGUGGUGUUUGAACAACGUAAAAGCAUAUAUAAGAGUAUCUCUGAGAAUCAAUCUAGAUUUUCCCCUCAAUCUCAGACAACAGUGUACAUUCCAAAAAAGGAUUCCAGCAUAGAGUUUGCACACCUAUGGAACAAAGCUGUGGAUCAGGCGUUUGGGCCUCUCAUCAAGGUCCUUGGAUCACGCGGAUGGUAAAAAUGUUGUGUGAUUCCACAGCUUAUCUAGAGUACGUCUCUUUUAUCGUGUAAGAUUCUUACAAGACAGAUGCAAGUGCAUUCUCAAUUCUAGAAGUUGCAGUUCUCGCAGACACUAUAUUAAUACUCUAUUAUCUUCUUGUAGUUGCUAUUGAUGUUUCGUUCCUAACUUUGCUCUGUGAGGAUCACUUGACGGAAAUUUUCAUUUGUGUUGUAAACACUUAGGUGCUCGAUAGUACCCUGCUUUUAGCUCGAUCUCUAUUUAUUUGGAAUGUACAUUGGUAAAGUAAUGUUGUACUUGUAAUGUUGGUUGAACUCGAAUAAAAGACCAAUUUCUAUCAGUAGCUUACCCUAA